GCCUGUUCCGGUAGAUAACCCGGCUGGCUGACAGUCGUCGCCUCAGUCUCUCGGUUGUAACCGGACGGAUCAUCAUGUCUUCUGACCCGUGCUCCUUCUCCUCGUUCACCAGGUGCGUCACCAAACACCUGAACCUGACCCUGCACGUGGACUUCGACAGACACGUCAUCAGCGGGCAGGUGGCGCUCACCGUGGAGGCUCUGGAGGACCGUUUCUCCUCUCUGACUUUGGACACCAAAGAUCUGAAGAUCGUGUCAGUGAGCACGAAUGGACAGGCGGCGCGGUUUACGAUGGGCCCUAAACACAGCUUCAAGGGGACCCCGCUGGAGAUCACGCUGCCCUUUGACCUCUCCAGAGGGCAGCAUGUGAUCGUGGAGGUGACCUAUGAGACGUCUCCGGCUGCGUCGGCGCUGCAGUGGCUCUCACCUGAGCAGACCGCCGGGAAGAAACAGCCCUACCUGUUCAGCCAGUGCCAGGCUCAUCACUGCAGGAGUAUGGUCCCCUGUCAGGACAGCCCGUCUGUCAAACACACCUACUACGCUCAGGUGUCUGUUCCUAAAGACCUGGUGGCGGUGAUGAGCGCCAUGAGAGACGGUCAGGAGGUGGAUCCUCAGGACAGUAAUCGCAUCAUCUACCGCUUCAGACAGCCGGUGCCCAUGCCUUCCUACCUGAUAGCCAUCGUGGUGGGAGCUCUGGAGAGCAGGGAGAUCGGGCCGAGGUCCAGAGUCUGGUCUGAGAAGGAGUUUGUGGAUAAAGCAGCGUUUGAGUUCUCAGAGACGGAGACCAUGCUGAAGACAGCGGAGGACUUGGCAGGUCCAUAUGUUUGGGGUCAGUACGACAUCCUGGUUCUGCCUCCAUCUUUCCCGUACGGCGGGAUGGAAAACCCCUGUCUGACCUUCGCCACGCCCACCCUGCUGGCAGGAGACAAAUCUCUGUCCAACGUGAUUGCUCAUGAGAUCUCUCACAGCUGGACCGGUAACCUGGUGACCAACAAGACCUGGGAGCACUUCUGGUUGAACGAGGGUCACACGGUGUACCUGGAGAGGAUGAUCGGCAGGUGUUUGGAGAGCGAACAGUUCCGGCAGUUUAAAGCCAUGGGGGGCUGGAAGGACCUGCAGGACUCGGUGAACACGUUCGGAGCCAACAGCCCUCUGACUAACCUGGUCCCCAGCCUGCAGGACGUGGACCCCGACGAGGCCUUCUCCUCGGUGCCCUACGAAAAGGGCUUCGCUCUGCUCUACCACCUGGAGGAGCUACUGGGAGGGCCGGAGGUGUUCAUGGGGUUCGUCAAGUCCUACAUCCAGCUGUUCGCCUACAGCAGCGUCACCACAGACGAGUGGAAGAACUACCUGUUCACCUACUUUAAAGACAAGGUGGACGUCCUGAACAAGGUGGACUGGACCGCCUGGAUGUUCACUCCCGGGAUGCCUCCGGUCAAACCUCAGUACGACACGACGAUGGCCGACGCCUGCAUCGCUCUGAGCCAGAGGUGGAUCAAGGCCAAAGACCAGGACCUGAACAGCUUCAACAAGUCCGAUGUGAAGACGCUGUCCUCCCACCAGCUCAUCGAGUUCCUGUCCCUCCUGCUGCAUGAGGAUCCGCUCCCUCUGGCUCACGUGAAGCGGAUGCAGGAGGUUUAUGAUCUGAACUCCAUCAUGAACUCAGAGAUCCGCUUCAGGUGGCUGCGGCUGUGUGUGCGGUCUAAGUGGGAGGAUGCGGUUGCCAUGGCGCUGAAGAUGGCGACAGAACAGGGCAGGAUGAAGUUCACACGACCGCUCUUCAGAGAGGUCUUUAACUUUGAAAAGUACCGAGAGGAAGCGGUCCGAGUGUUUCUGGCUACCCGAGGCGCGAUGCACCCGGUCACCGCUUACCUGGUGGCCAAAGACCUGAAGGUGGACGCCGGCCAGACCCCCAGUCUGUAGACCAGGAACCAGUCUGUUAACCAGUCAGAACCAGUAUCGACACACAACAACUGUAUCAAUCAACCGACCAAUCAAAUGUGUUUCUCUCUGAUGAAGAGCUUCUGUCUGAAAAGUGUCUUCUUCCUGAAAAAUGAUUUUAUAAAGAAAUAAAAUCUGUAUGAAACGUU